GCAGUCCCGCCCCUGCAGAGCUCGGCGUUGGGACUGAACCCGGGUUUCUCUCAAACCCGGAAUGUGAGGCCUCGGGCCGCCGGUACCCUGCUCUCUCUCCUGCUUCUCAGCGGUUUCUGCGUCCGCCGCCGCCGCCGCACCACAACUCGCCCGGGAGGAGCCAGGGCGGCCGUGCCCUUGUGCCGGGGGCCCGCGUGGCUGCCGCCACCUCUCCGAAUCCUCCGGGGCCGCAGAGGAGUUCGCUACGGAGGGAGGCGGGGGCCUUCGGGAGGAGGAGGAGGAGGCGGAGGAGGAGGGAAGGAAGAUGGCGGCCGUGGAACUAGAGUGGAUCCCAGAGACUCUGUAUAACACCGCCAUCUCCGCUGUCGUGGACAACUACAUCCGCUCCCGCCGAGACAUCCGCUCCUUGCCCGAGAACAUCCAGUUCGAUGUUUACUAUAAGCUUUACCAACAGGGGCGUUUAUGUCAACUGGGCAGUGAAUUUUGUGAAUUGGAAGUUUUUGCUAAGGUCUUGAGAGCUUUGGAUAAAAGACAUUUGCUUCAUCAUUGUUUCCAGGCUUUGAUGGAUCACGGUGUAAAAGUUGCUUCAGUCUUGGCAUACUCAUUCAGUAGACGGUGCUCUUACAUAGCAGAAUCAGAUGCUGCAGUAAAAGAGAAAGCCAUUCAGGUUGGCUUCGUUUUAGGUGGCUUUCUUUCAGAUGCAGGCUGGUACAGUGAUGCUGAGAAAGUCUUUCUGUCUUGCCUCCAGUUGUGUACACUGCAUGAUGAGAUGCUUCACUGGUUCCGUGCAGUAGAAUGUUGUGUGAGAUUGCUUCAUGUACGAAAUGGAAACUGCAAAUAUCAUUUGGGAGAAGAAACAUUUAAGUUAGCUCAAACAUAUAUGGACAAACUCUCAAAACAUGGUCAGCAAGCAAACAAAGCUGCACUCUAUGGAGAACUGUGUGCACUCUUGUUUGCAAAAAGUCACUAUGAUGAGGCAUACAAAUGGUGCAUUGAAGCUAUGAAAGAAAUCACAGUGGGCUUACCAGUCAAAGUUGUGGUGGAUGUAUUAAGACAAGCUUCUAAGGCUUGUGUUGUAAAACGUGAAUUUAAGAAAGCAGAGCAGUUAAUUAAACAUGCAGUGUAUCUGGCACGGGAUCAUUUUGGAUCUAAACACCCAAAAUAUUCUGAUACAUUGUUAGAUUAUGGGUUCUACUUACUCAAUGUAGAUAAUAUCUGUCAGUCUGUGGCAAUUUAUCAGGCAGCCCUUGAUAUUCGGCAGUCAGUGUUUGGUGGCAAAAAUAUCCAUGUAGCAACAGCUCAUGAAGACUUGGCUUAUUCUUCUUACGUUCACCAGUAUAGCUCUGGGAAAUUUGACAAUGCACUAUUUCAUGCAGAAAGAGCUAUUGGUAUUAUUACUCAUAUCCUACCUGAAGAUCAUCUUCUUUUGGCUUCUUCAAAGAGGGUGAAAGCACUUAUUUUAGAGGAGAUUGCAAUUGACUGUCAUAAUAAAGAAACUGAACAGAGGCUACUUCAAGAAGCCCAUGAUUUGCACCUGUCUUCACUUCAGCUAGCUAAAAAAGCAUUUGGUGAAUUUAACGUACAGACUGCAAAACACUAUGGAAACCUUGGAAGACUUUAUCAGUCAAUGAGAAAAUUUAAGGAAGCUGAAGAAAUGCACAUUAAAGCAAUUCAGAUUAAAGAGCAACUUCUUGGUCAAGAAGAUUAUGAAGUAGCCUUAUCAGUGGGACAUCUGGCCUCUUUAUAUAAUUAUGACAUGAAUCAAUAUGAAAAUGCUGAGAAACUUUAUUUGCGAUCUAUAGCAAUUGGGAAGAAACUUUUUGGUGAAGGCUACAGUGGACUAGAAUAUGAUUACCGAGGGCUCAUUAAACUUUACAACUCCAUUGGAAAUUACGAGAAAGUGUUUGAGUAUCACAAUGUUCUGUCUAACUGGAACCGGUUGCGAGAUCGGCAGUAUUCAGUGACCGAUGCUCUUGAAGAUGUCAACACCAGCCCCCAGUCCACUGAGGAAGUGGUGCAGUCCUUCCUGAUUUCUCAGAAUGUAGAAGGACCGAGCUGCUGAGGGAUAACCUCAGUUAACUAAUUGACUUUUUCCCAGAUUCUAGGGAAUUCAUACUGUGAAAUCAAAACCAUAUUGUUUUUUGGGGCUGGGAUUUGCAUUGAGACACUGGUCCAGUCCAUUAGCCCUAUGUGGGUGUCCCUAUCUUGCAGAGUAUCCGUAGGAAUAAGCAUAUAUUCAGUUAUAUUCAGCAUGUAUCGCAUGUAUAAGUAGUCUGGCCCAUAUUUUCAACCUAGUAGAACAAACAACAGAAACCUUUUUGUUUUUUCUUUUCUUUUUUUAAAAAAAUUCAUUUUGCAGAAAGCCUGAAAGGCAAAAAGAACCCCUAAAUAAAAAUAUUUAAGAGUUUAAAGCAGUUGCAUUCUUAUUAUGUAAGGAUGAUUUUAACAACUUUUUAACAUAAUUCUUCCAUGUGAAGGUAUUCAAUACUGUAUUGUAAAGAAAUUUUUAUGGGAAAAAAUCUUUAUAUGCAGUAUGGAAAAGUUAAUACAAGUACUAAUAGAAGAGGGACAUCCUGACUUAGUUUUGGCUACCUUACCCAGAGAUAAGUGAAUACAACCACUCCAGACUUCUAUUGUCAGAUUCAUAUAAACUGGACCAGUGUUGAUCUGUAAGUAAUAGAAAAACUCAUAGACCAGCAGUUUUCAUUGGUUGUUCUGAUUUUGGAUUUUUUUUUUUUUUUUUUUUUUUUUUUUUUGGUACAACAUUGCAAGAUGCUCUGAUAGCAUUUGCAAACAGGACCAGGAGGCUCUAAAGAGGACCAGCCUACUAUAGAAAGGGGUUAUUGGACCAGGGGCUUUAGGUUGUUAUUUAGUCCCAUAUAUGCUUUUUAUCAGUAGAAUUAUUUCACUUAGGUGUAUAAUGAAAAGUGAUAAUGCAAACAUUAUAUUCAUGUAAUAGAUACCAAAUUAGGAGAAUCUUACAUUUUCAGCAGCAUAUCUUUAGUCAAGGUACACAGAUGGUAAUGCCAUGAGUAAGUCUUUUAUUACCUGCUGCAACCAUCCUCCUCAUUUUAUCAAGAAAUGUUACCCAAGUAAUCAUUGCGAUUAACAUGUAUUUUGGCUAAGAGUCAUGAAAUAGCUCAUGUCAGGAUGAGAGUUUGAGAUUACUCUGUGGUUUGUGGGGAUAAAUGGAAAAAUACACACACACACACACACCCCCCACAUAAGCAAGUCCUUAGAAGUCCUUCAUUUUUAUAGUAAACAACAGUAAAACUAGGACACUUUAUUUGGAGUUCAUAGUCAAAUGGAAAGAUCCCUGAUAGUAUAUCUAUUUCACUAAUUUGUCUUUCUGUUUAUUGGUUUUUGUUUUGUUUUUAAGCAGUCAGGUUAUUUAAUGUUGAGGUAAUUGACAAGUUGUGACAUGUAACAUGUAGUGAUUCAUAAACACAAUGGUCUUUUUGCUGUUACCUCAAUUCUUAUUAUAGUGGCCUGUUUAGUGCCUCUAUAGUUAAGAAUCAGGGUUUCCCCCCUAUUUUCAGGGGUUCAUGACUUGGCUAUUAUUGAUGUUGCUCCUGGCUAAUGCUUGGAUAUGGGUGAGUGGAUGUGUGUUGAAUUUUGGUUUUCUUCUAACAUGCACACUGGGGACAGAGAGGGGAAAUCUAUGCUGCCACCUUGUGUACAGAAAAACAGUUGGAAAUUUUAGACAAAUUUAAUUAAAAGUUUGGUUGUUUUUUUUUUUUUUUUUUUGAACUUCUGAAAAAUAACUUUCAAAACUGUUAUUUGCAGUCUGGAUACUCAUGAACCAUCAUUUAUAAGCACUUGGGGAGGCCACUAAAGAGUUGAAGCACAAGGGCAACAAAAACGGGGGAAAUAGCCUCCAGCAGCUCCAGCAAUAACCCUGGAGGCAAAAAAAAAAAGUUGAAGCCAACCCAGACCCUCAGAUUAUAUCAGUAAUUAUGUUGAUUUUUGAAACCUGGGUUUAUUUAGAAUUUUUGACUUAUUUUAAAAAUUUUUUUGAAAAGAGUACAUUGGCACACCCCUUCUCCUCCUUCCAGAUAAUUGAUAUCUAAUGUCAAGAGGCACUUCUUUAAACAUUACCAAAUAGUCUACAUGACCGAGGACUAACUUUUUUUGUUACUCAGCUCUAUCCUCAUGGGCCUAUAUAUGUAAAACCUCCAAAGAUAUUUUCAGGAUAGGCUUUGUAUACUGUUGUUGGUUAUUUAGAGUCAUGUGGUAUGUUUGUGGUGUAGAAAUGUCAUGGUGAAUUGUUUUCCAAUAAAUAUUUUGAAACUUAAUGUUUCCAUAUGAAGUUUUUAAUCUAUAAUUUUUCUUUUUGUGCAUAUGAUAAAACCAAGCAGAUGACUUAAGACCUCAUCCUUAUUUGAUUUAAAUUCAACUUAGCUCACACUCAAUACAUGAUAUUUAGAAGCCUAGGGUCACAAGAUUAUGAUAAUGCUAAAUGACAACUUUUUUUUUUACUUAAUUAUUACAGUUCUGCCUUAUUGUACAUUUCUGUACACUUUGAUGUAAUGCAAGCACUCUAGGUUGAGAAAUGACAUUGCCAGUUAGUGGUAUAACUUUAAUGUGCUAUUUCUAGUUCUGAUGAAAAAUAAUACUCUACUAACUUUUUUAAUGUGGAAUUUCCCUUUUAAUGCAAUGUUUAGGGUAAAUUAGGCAAAUGUCUCCAUGAUUUUAUGGAGUAAGACGAUUCAGAGAAAACAAUGUACCUCACAACAACUUCAACAAAAUUUCUCAUCCAUGGUAGGUUUGUGUAUAAUGAAGCUGAGACCAAUUUAAAAUUUUUCACUAAGACAUAGCAAAAUAAUUUUUAAAUAAGGAGCCUUUGAACUUAAUUCCCAUACUUUUAUUUCAUCUCUCUUAUCCAGUUUUUUUCCUCUAAAAUACGGUGCUUCUCAAGUUGGGUGCAUCAGGGAGCUUUGUUAACACAUGUGCUGUCCACAUGGCACUUCAUUCAACAUAACUGUGCCAACUGGUUUUUUUUUUUUUUAGAUGAUUUUCUUUUCAUAAUUUUAUUUGAUUAUCAUAUAUUUUACCAGAGCAUUUCUUAGCUCUGGCUUAUGGUGGUGCCAGAGAUUGAAUUUGAGACCAUUGCUGCCUCAGUCAUGGAAGUCUGUUGUGUAAAACCGUUGUGCAAUUUCCCUGGCCUUGACCUCAAUUUUAUAGGUCUCCGAAGCUGACUUAGCCCCAAACUUUUAUUGCUCUCAAAGUUCUGUCUCUUCUUAAUUAAAAAUGAAAUAACUAUUGCUUUGUAGUAAUUCCUCCACAGGCAUGCUUUCAUUUGUGAAAAUAAAAUAUUUGACAAAGACUUAUUCCUAACUUGUUGGGAUGAAUUCUCAAUGUUGUGAAAAUUAUGAGUCUACAACCUUACGAGAAUGAUAUUUGACUGUUUAUAGUGUAAGGAAAAGGCUGAACAGUAAACACACACCUAAACCAUGAUUACAGCUUUAGCCAUACUUUACAGAUUGAAAGAAUAGUUUGUUAGCUAGCAAAUAUUAACUGCCACUCUGUCUUUCUCUGAAUUUAUAGUUUUGCUGCUUCCAGACAUUUGGAAAGCAAAGUUACCAAUCUAAAAAACAUAAAUGCAAAAUUUUAAGAAGAGCUUUAAUUUUGCCUUAAAAAUUAAUGGCCGGCUCGUUUCCCGGCCCAUGCACCUUUUUAUCUAAGACAGAAUAAAACUGUUCAAUAAAAAAAUAAUAAUAAUAAUGGCUAUUCAUCUCUUGGAUUUGGAGACCUUAGUUCAUUUCUUUCUUCCCCCUAAUAUGACAUUACUCUCCAGCUUGAACACUAGUAGUUACAUUGCCCACAAAUCUCAGGAAUGUUUUAGGCAGAAGAUUGGUCUUACCUUGCUGGUAAUCUGAAGGAGUGUGUUUUAGGAUUUAUUAAAUAAUUCUAUUCAUUAGUUGCAAUCCUAGGUAUUGAUAGCAUGAGUGGCCUUAGUGUGUUGAAGUGCACAUUUUUUCAAAAGUAAAAUUUAAGAUUAAAAAUAUAUGCUAUUUAGAAAUACCUUGAAACUUGGUUUGUGGUGCACAAGUGUUGGAUCAGUAAUUAAUUGUUGCAGGUAACAUUUGUGUAACAUUUACUCAUAUCUGUAUAUUCCUUUUAUGGGAUAUGUUGUCAUGGUAACUAAAAACUUUUCAAAUUUAGUUCUUUAUGAUGUGAAUGCUACAUUUUAUUAAAUAUUACCAGGUCAGUACUAUUUUUGUACUUUAUUAAGCAACAGGGGAUUUUAGUCUAAUAGGCUCAAAAUAUAAAACUCUUAAGACAAAAGCAAACCACUAACAGUCCUUUAGCUGGAAAUCCCCAUAUAUAGUGCCACAGUAAUUUCUAUAGAAACAUCUGAGUUCAGUGAUAGAUUUUGAAGAUAACGGUUCUUCACUGUGUCAGAAUGACUUUUCAUAACAUCUUUAGCACCAGCUUGUAGUGCCCACCAUUAUUUGUAACCAUUAAACCAUACUAAGAUUGUUUGUAACCAACAUUGUGAUAUAUUCUGUACUUGUGUUGCUAAAAAUGAAUUACUGACUUAAUAAAUAUAGCGUUCCUGCA